GGGCGCCCAGGGGGCGGCGGCUGGCAGCGGGGGUUCUCAGGGCGCCGCUUCCACUUCUGCGCCACCAGGGGUUGGGCCAGCCCGCGCGGGUUGGGGGCGGAAAGAUUGGAGCGGAGCAGGCUGCCGGGCACGCGCUGCCUGACAGCUGUGAGCCGAGCAGCCAGCACGGGCAGGUGGAAGAGAAGCCUGCGCCCAAGCUGCUCUCCUGGUCAAGGUGGCAUGACCUCACCUGUGUGAAAGAAGAGCUGGUGGCUGAGGCUGAGGUGACGGGGAGGAAGCGCCUGGUCAUGCUCCGACCACAGCUGCCCUUCAGGAGACUGGCCCCGAGCCACAACCGGGUCAUCAGGCUGCUUGUCAAGGGUGGGGCGGCAGCGACCUGCCACUCUUCCUCAUGAGCCCAGCCCGGGUCUCCACCUGGCACUCAGCGCGGCCACGUCUCUUCCUCAGGACAGAGCUGCAGGAGGAACCCGGGGGCAGCCAGCCCCCGGAGACCUGGGCUUCAGAGGGCGCUCCAGGGGAGUUCUGUCGAGGUGAGCUGCCUCGCCCAGCCCCAGGUGUGUAGCUGGACACGAGGCCUGCUUAUGGUUCUGAAAAGACUUGAAGAAAUUGACAAACCUGGAUGGCUACCCCUGACAGGAGAGUGGUGUCUAGACUCCAGAGACCUGGCCAGGGACCAAAGGGGAACAGGGCCCGCCUAGGGCCCCUGGACAACCUGGAGUGUAAGGAGACCCAGGAGCCGGCACCAGGAGAGCUGGCCAUGCUGAGGAAGGCACAGGAAUUCUUCCAGGCCUGUGACGCGGAUGGCAAAGGCUUCAUCGCCAAGAGCGAUAUGCAGAGGCUCCAUGAGGAGUUGCCGCUCAGCCUGGAGGACCUGGAGGAUGUGUUUGAUGCCUUGGAUGCUGAUGGCAAUGGCUUCCUGACCCCAGAGGAGUUCACCACUGGAUUUAGUCACUUCUUCUUCAGCCAGAAUAAGCCAAGUCAGGAAGAUGCAGGUGAACAGGUGGCCCAGCUCCAGGAAGACAAGGUGUAUCAGUCCACAGGGGAAGAGGAUCUGGGUGACAUGGACGAAGAUGAGGAAGCCCAGUUCCAGAUGCUGAUGGACAAACUUGGAGCCCAGAAGGUUCUGGAAGAUGAGAGCGAUGUCAAGCAACUCUGGCUGCAGCUGAAGAAGGACGAACCUCAUUUACUGUCCAACUUCGAGGAUUUCCUGGCCAGAAUCUUCUCCCAGCUCCAAGAAGCCCAUGAGGAGAAGAAUGAACUGGAGUGUGCCCUCAAAAUGAAAAUUGCUGCUUAUGAUGAAGAAAUCCAGCAUCUCUAUGAGGAGAUGGAGCAACAAAUCAAAAGUGAGAAGGAGCAGUUUCUCCUGAAAGACACGGAGCGGUUUCAGGCCCGCAGUCAGGAACUGGAACAGAAGCUGUUAUCUAAGGAGCAGGAGCUGGAGCAGCUCAUCCAGAAGCAGAAAUGGCUGGAAGGCCAGUGCACAGCCCUGCAUAAUGACAAGCAUGAAACCAAGGCUGAGAAUACCAAGCUGAAACUCACGAACCAGGAGCUGGCCCAGGAGCUGGAGAGGACCUCUCGGGAGCUGCAGGAUGCCCAGCAGCAGUUGGAAAGCCUCCAGCAAGAGGCCUGCAAACUCCACCAGGAGAAGGAGAUGGAAGUGUACCGUGUGACGGAGAGUCUGCAGCGGGAGAAGUCCGGGCUCCUGAAGCAGCUGGAUUUCCUGAGGGAAAGGAACAAGCACCUUCGAGAUGAACAGGACAUAUGUUUUCAGAAAGAUAAGGCAGCCAAGGCAAACACAGCUGCCCCCAAAGCAAGCUGGAAACAGAGAUCUGGCUCUGUGAUAGGCAAAUACAUGGACGGCAGAGGGAUCCUUACAAGCCAGUCAGAAGAGGAAGAAGAAGUGUUUGGCAUUCCAAGGAGGAGAAGCUCCCUGGGCCUGAGUGGAUAUCCCCUGACAGAAGAGGAGCCAGGAACCAGGGAGCCAGGGUCUGGGGGUCCGCUCUCCCGGGCCCUCCGCAGAAUCAUCUCCAUUGAAGAAGACCCCCUGCCCCAGCUCCUGGAUGGCGGCUUUGAGCAGCCGCUAAGCAAAUGCCAAGAAGAGGGGGAGGUCUCCGACCAGGGGAUGGAAGGACCAAUCCAGCGAGCCCAACCUGUGAAACUCACGCCCGCUUCUCCCCGAGGACAGCCUGUUGGGAAAGAAGCCCUGUCGAAGGAGGAAGGCUCUCCCUCCACCCCAGACCGGCUCUUCAAGAUUGUGUUUGUGGGCGACUCCGCUGUCGGGAAGACAUCCUUCCUGAGGAGGUUCUGUGAGGACCGGUUCUCCCCUGGCAUGGCAGCCACCGUGGGCAUUGAUUACCAUGUGAAGACAGUGCGUGUGGACGACUCGCAAGUGGCCCUGCAGCUGUGGGACACGGCCGGGCAGGAGAGGUAUCGUUCCAUCACCCAGCAGUUCUUCAGAAAGGCGGACGGUGUCAUCGUCAUGUACGACCUCACAGCCAGGCAGUCCUUCCUGUCUGUCCGGCAGUGGCUGAGCAGCGUGGAGGAAGCUGUGGGAGACUGCAUUCCUGUUCUUCUGCUGGGCAAUAAAAUUGACAACGAGAAAGAGCGGGAAGUCCCACGAAGCCUCGGAGAGCAGCUCGCCAAGGAGAACAACCUGAUCUUCUAUGAGUGCAGUGCCUAUUCCAGUCACAACACCAAAGAGUCCCUGCUCCAUCUGGCCAGGGUCCUCAAGGAGCAAGAAGACACAGUGAGGGAGGACACCAUUCAGGUUGACCGCCCUGCCAAGAAGAAAUCCUGCUGUGGCUGACAGGAGCCUCCUAGGACUGCUCCACCCAGGCCUGAGGUCACAGGACCCACCCUGAAUCCUGCACGCAGGCUCCUGCCAGAUGCCCUCACCAGGGCCUGCCCAGACCUUUGUCCUUGUCAGUGACUUUCCUCCCCCAAAGGAAUGGAAGCACACCCAAUCAGGAGAGCUGCUCUUGGAGCAUCUCGGGGUCUUUUCUCUCCCUUCUCUCUCUAGACCCCAGAUGCCCAUUCCUUUUUUUCCCAGCUUGGUUUCCUGGGGGUAAAGAAACAGAUGGGCUUUUCCAGAAAAGCCACCACAUGUCUUCUCCACCUCCCUUCUCCUCCCCUUGCCCUUAGGAGCCUCAGCACUGCAGUUGCCAUGGCAACAGUGUAGGGCCAACUUGCUGCUUCCUCUAUGCCAAAGAUAGAGCGCUUGGGCCCUGCCAUGGGGUGGCUGAUCUUCCUUUGGCUCCUGUUCUGUGGACGCCAAUGGGAUACUCUUGGCAUAUGCCUCAUGGACCUUGAGAUGCCCACGUGCUGUUGAGAGAAGCAAACCAGGGCACUCACACCCUCUUCCACCCUCCCUACUCCAGGGCUUCUGCUCCUUCCCAAGCUUCAGGGCCAGCCUCUCUCAGCAGCCACCUGCCCACUGUAUUGGCCCCCUCCAGUUCUCUGGACUGGUGCCUUACAAAGUACCCACAGCCUCUCCUCUACACCGCCACCCACACCCCUGACACCAAGGUGGACUGUGGGUGAUAAAUUUAUGCCUGGGGUUAGGGAGUGGGCUUACUUCCUACUUAACUUUGACUAAGAGAUGAAAAGAAAACUAGGGGAGAAAACCCAUCUGCUGCUAAACAGUGCUACCAUUUCUGGAGGGUAUAAAUAAGGUAUAUAUAGCUAUGUAAAAGCCAUUUUCUAAAUGCUUCUCAAAAUAGCUCUUCGAAAACUGGUACAUGAUGAUUAAUGGAGUAGAUUGACACGCAGGCAGUGAGGCCCAACACCGGGUCCAUAGUUACUGACUUCAUUUUAUUUUAUUUUACCUUUUUCCAGAAGACUGUAUUUCAAAAAAAAAGAAAGUGUGGCUGUGAUGUUGACAUUUUGCUGGUGUCUGAGAAGUGAACAGAGAGUAGCUGCCAGCUUCAGCACCCCCGUGACUGCACCCGCACAGGGCCCUGGGGUCGUGGGGAAGGAUCUGGGCCCGUGUGUGGUUCCUUCAGCUUGGUGGUGGGAGGGCCCAGCCCCGGGCAGUGCUGCAGCAUCACUGGCCACUGUCGGGGACUGGCGAGGGCACUCUUGCCUGCUGUGGGGCUUGGAUGAACAGAUCAUUAAGAUCACUGCCAAUUACCAUUCUAGGGCAACAGACCCAGCCCCACAGGGAAGCGGGCGGUGUCCAUACCCACUCUGGGGCACAGGAAAAGAGAGGGACAGAAAGUGUCCCCAGGCCUCCAAGAAGAUGAGUCAAGACAACUGCACAUAGCCAGCCAGGCAGGGGAGAAACCACUGGCCAGACUUCCCCGGGAUCUUCCUUGUGGCCUCCUCCUUAGACUCCCAAAAGGAUCAGAGCCCCCUGGGUCACCAGGCAAGUGCCUACCUCCUUUUUGCAGACUUCUCUCUCUUUCAUCCAGCCUUUGUAGGCACCAGGGAGCCCAUGGAGGGUCAGGACAGACACCAGCACUGAGCACCAGGAGGGACUCCGUGGUCUUGGACAAGCCAGCUCCCUCCCUGGGCCCCCCUCUCAUCAGUAAAAUGAAGGGUGGGCUAUUUGAUGCUUCGGGCUCUUCCUGCUCAGAGUGCUUAUGAUGAUGUGUUCAUUUUCCAACUUAACUUGGCCCUGGCCCUAGUCCAACUUUGAAGGGAACUCCCAGGGAACUCCCAGGAAACUCCUUUCCUGAAAAGAGAUCACUGGUGAUAGUCUCAUUAGUGGGAUGGGUCACCCAGAAGUGGCCCUCCAAUCUCUGUGUGUGUGUAUUGUUGUGUGUG